UUCAUUGGUCGGCAGUCUCUCUUGAAUCAAGCGCCGCACAGACGUGCAUCGGCGCCGGGGAGGAAGCAUCGCGGGCCGCCGCAGGGAGGGACCGAAGCGAACCGCGACAGGACCGCUGCGCUGCUGCUGCUGCUGCUGCUGCUGCUGGGGGUGCUGGAGCUGCUGGUGGCCCGUCGGACAUCACCGUUCAUCUGACGACCCUGAGGCGGCUGGCUCUUUAGCCGGAGCUCGGUAUCCAAAGAGUGGAUGAGGUUGAUGCUGCUCUGCUGCACCUGGAAGGACGAACGCAUGGGAGAGGAGGAAGCCGGAGGACGUUUGCCCGUGUGCGCGGGAUGCAAACAGAGGAUCUACGAUGAGCAGUACCUCCAGGCCCUCAGCUGUGACUGGCACAGCGUCUGCUUCAGGUGCUGCGAGUGCAGCGCUUCGCUGUCCCACUGGUACUACGAAAAAGAUGGACGACUCUACUGCAAGAAGGACUACUGGGCCAAAUUCGGGGAGCUGUGCCACGGCUGCAACGACCCGAUCACCACCGGCCUCAUCAUGGUCGCAGGGGAACAGAAAUAUCACCCAGAGUGCUUCACCUGUCUGAACUGCAGAACAUUUAUCGGGGAUGGCGACACAUACGCUCUGGUGGAGAGAUCCAAACUCUACUGCGGUCACUGUUACUACCAGACCGUCGUCACGCCGCUGUCCCUGCCGGACACGCCGUGCCCACGGAUCCCUCACACGGUCACACUCGUGUCCAUCCCGGCCUCCGUCGAGGGCAGCAACGGACGCAGAGGACGAGGUUUCUCCGUGGCCAUCGACCAGCCGCUCAGCCCGAUCAACGGCUACAGCCCCGAGCACGGACCCACAGUCAGAGUCUCCCAGGUGGAACCAGACUGCAUCAGUCCAGAUGUGAAAAACUCCAUCCACGUUGGAGAUAGGAUCCUUGAAAUCAACGGGACGCCCAUACACAACGUCCCUCUGGAUGAGAUCGACCUGCUCAUCCAGGAGACCAGUCGGCGGCUGCAGCUCACUAUCGAGCACGACCCCCACAGUCUGGAGGGAGGCCCCUCGGAGGCCGGGGAGCCAGUGGACGGCCCCCUGUCCCCCCCGCUGUCGGGGGGCCUCGUCCUGCCCAUCACACAGCCCCCCAACCCCGACAUCAACAACCUCAGAUCCCGCAUCAUCACACGGAGCUACAGCAUCGAUAAGUCUCCGGGCUCCAGCAACGCAGCGUCCCCCAUCUCCCAGAGGAAGGACAUCAAUCGAUCGGAGUCGCUCCGCGUCGUGUCCAAUCAGACGCAUCGCAUCUUCCGGCCGUCUGACCUCAUCCACGGAGAGGUGCUGGGGAAGGGCUGCUUCGGACAGGCCAUCAAGGUGACCCACAAGGAAACUGGGGAGGUGAUGGUGAUGAAAGAGUUGAUCCGCUUCGAUGACGAGACUCAGAGAACAUUCCUCAAAGAGGUAAAAGUCAUGCGGUGCCUGGAUCACCCCAACGUGCUCAAGUUCAUCGGAGUCCUCUACAAGGACAAGAGGCUCAACUUCAUCGCAGAGUACAUAAAGGGAGGCACCCUGAGAGAAAUCAUCAAGAAAAUGGACAGCAACUAUCCCUGGAAACGCCGGGUCAGCUUCGCCAAGGACAUAGCUGCUGGGAUGACAUAUCUGCAUUCCAUGAACAUAAUCCACCGGGACCUCAACUCCCACAACUGUCUAGUCCGGGAGAACAACACGGUGGUGGUGGCAGACUUCGGGCUGUCCCGUCUCAUGGUGGACGACAAGCACGAGGAGACGUUGUCGCAGGGUAAGCUGCCCGGCCUCAAGAAGCACGACCGCAGAAAGCGGUACACGGUGGUGGGAAACCCCUACUGGAUGGCUCCUGAGAUGAUCCACGGGAAGAGCUACGAUGAGAGAGUAGACAUCUUCUCCUUUGGUAUAAUGCUCUGCGAGAUAAUUGGCAGGGUGAACGCGGACCCGGACUACCUCCCCAGGGCGAUGGACUUCGGACUGAACGUGUCUGGUUUCCUGGAGCACUUCUGUCCUCCUGAUUGUCCCCCCGCCUACUUCCCCAUGGCUGCUGUGUGCUGUGAGCUCGACGCCGACAAACGACCGGCUUUCUCCAAACUUGACGAGUGGCUUGAGAACCUGAAGAUGCACCUGGACAUGGGUUUACCGCUGGUGUCCGAAGUGGAGCAGCUGCACAAGACCUUCUGGAAGAACCACAGCGGCGCGCGGCCCGAAAACGGUCUGCACGCCCACCCCCAACAGCCGGAGUAAGGCCUGGCGCGAGCGGAGGAGUGGGUCAGUAGGAGUUACCCCGCCUCCCCCGCAUGGGCAGCGAUCCUCUGCCUGUCAGCGGGAGCAGAGGCCGCAGGAGUCGCGUAUGUGCUCCUACUCGUUUGAAGCUGCGGGCGUAGACUCGCUCAGGCCUAACGAGUGGACUCAGGGGGGAAAAAAAGCCUGGAUCUGAAAAGCCAGCUGUGCGAGACACACACACACACACACACAUAGACACACAUUCAAAGUCAAGCUUGAUCAUGCUGCACCCGAAGCUAAGGUGCAGCAUAUUGUAUGCAAUCAGACCCAACUUUGAAAUCACGACUCAACUCUUGAAUCUCGUAGAUUCAACGUUGGCCGUCAUAGCAUUUAAAAAUACUGACUGUAGUGUGAGAAUUCACACGGACAAGGUAGUCAAAGCAGACGACGAGAGGUCGUCACUUUGGGCCUCUGAAUUACGCGGCACCGUACUGCAGAUGUUUGAUGUGCGUUUGGUUUGAUUUCGCUUCUGGUUUAGAUUUUAAACUGAGCUUAAAAAUGCAAAGUGGAGGGACCCGCCUGUCGUUUCAGACACAGAUCGAGAUCUACUUGAUGACCAAUUGUCCAAUUAAACCUUUCAAGCUUUAAAUAACCCAUUGAAGAUGAGUGCAUGAGUGUAAAUAAUGCUUUCUGGUCAAAUCCUGGUUCCUCGUGUCCUUCUGCCCCUCAUGUGUUCAUAACCUCCGAGUGAUGUAAGCGUCCACGCCCGCUGUCUCUCAUUCAUUGUCCAGCACUCAGCCACAUCAGUUCACAUACACACAUACGUUAGACGCGUCUUAUCCACGUACAUAUACAUUCAAACACAUAACAGUGUACAUUGUAAAUGUUUCUAAUAUUGUAAAUGUACAGACAUAUUUUAUAUACGUAUGCUACAUUGCCAUAUUUUUAUUGGCAGACCAGCUGAAAGGGAGGAGAGUAAAGGUUUGACAGGGCAGAGCUUAAAGAUUUAGUGUUUUCUACGCUACUGUGGCAGGUUCCAGGCUUUUAGCAUUUGAGAUAACAGGAAUGUUAUCACUGCAAAAUAUUUCCUCAAGCUCAAUAAAUGUGAGUCCAUUUGAUCUGCCAUCUUGUGCUUGAGUAAAUUUCAUUUUGAUACUGGAUUGUUAAGUCGAAUCAAACUUGCUGAUCUAAAUUGAAAUAUUAUCAUCAACUAAUAAUAUGUAAUUUUAGGAUUUUGAGGGCAAUCAAGUACUACUCUCAUCUCGUGUACUGUAAAAUAGUUCAGGUCUGAGCAGGUUCUGCCUCAUCAUGUCAGCUGUCUCUCCUCCUGUGGAUGACCCACUGUGUGUUUACAUGUAAAUUGCAAAUAUCUCUGUAUAUGUGUCUGUCCAUGCAUCUGUCUGCGUUUUUUUUUGUCCUACUCUUUUUGCAAACUGCAUGAUGUACUCGGUCUGCUUGACUUCUAACCCAAGCUGGUUUUUGUCUCAAAAUGAUGUGAUUUUAAAUUAAAAAAACAAAGAGGAAAAGACAAAAAAAAGUUAAGAAAGUCAAGCUUAAAUCGAAAGAGCAAAAACACACCAUCUGUGUUUUUUUGUGUAGAUGUAUAUAUAACCACUGAAAUCUUUUUGUAUAGAUUUGAGUACUUUAAUUUGCACUAUAUUACCAAAUGGCUGGAUGAAGCCAUGUUUGUUAAUUUCCUCUCUUGGGCUUCUUGUGAUACGGAAAUAAAUGAUGUCGGUUCAGGUAGAAAUAUGAAUGCAAGACACUGAUGGAGCCUUUCAACUGUAAAAAUGGGAUCUAGGAAAUGCAUCCUCUUGAAAGCAAACCGUUUUAUAAUUAUUUACAUGCAUUUUUUUGUGCAUGGCUCUACAUUCGACUCAUGUAUCUAUGGAAACCAUGACUAUAUUUUGACUUUUCAAGCUUUAGCACCCAAAACGCCGUUGCUACCGAGAGGAUGCGUUGUCCCAGCUCUGCCUGCUGCCUACAGACUGGUCCUUUGCGAAUGAGGUUCUGUGUUUUUUUUUCUCCUUCUGACUGCUUGCUUUUGUGUGGGAUGCUCCACAGAGGCUGCAACCUCUGCCUGUCGUUCUGAUGUUGGAGCACUUAAACUGGCCACUCACCUUCUCGUCCCACUCCUUUGGCUCAGGGCCGUAUAUAUUCCUGGAUCUUUUUUCACUAAUUCAAUUAACUCGGCAGCUUAAUAGGAGAGGAGGAUUCAAACGCUUAAAAGUGAGACUCGGAGCAUGUAACCUUCUGUCGAUGUAAAAUGCUGAAAACACAAAAUAUGCUUCUGUAAAACCUGCUGGAGUGCGUGUGCGUCCGUGGGCUCGCUCCACGUGAGAUGCUUCGGCGCGUUUUCUGUUCUGUCGAGCACGUUAGUGUGUGUCUGUGAGGAUCGAUGAGGAGGAUGCCGCGGCUCUUCUUUGCAAAGGAUCGUUACCUCUGAACAAUGCUGUGCCUUCGAUGUAAGCUAGCCUUGCCAACCACUUGGAAAAAGAAACGUGAACUGAUUCCCCUUUUCAUGUGUCAUAAGUGCAAGCCUGAUUUAAGUGGAGUGAAUAUCAUUGCUGAUACAAUGUUGUAUGAGAUGUCAUCUUGUUCUGUAUCCUAUUUAUGUUUUUCCGAUGCCUAGUUUUGAUAUUUUAACCUUAUAUUUCUUUGAUUUUGGUCUCAUUUUUUUUUUUAAUUACACAAGCUGUGAAAACAAUUCUGCACUUUAAUCUUGAACGUGAGCAUUUAGACUCUGAGGAGGCGACUGUUUUUCCCCCCCCUUUUUUUUCACGGCUACAAAUAAAACUGUUGCUUCUAAAACAAA